AUGUCUACUUCCAAUGCUCAAACUCCAACUAUUUCAAAAGAUGAAGAAAGAUUUGGUAUGCACAAUUUUUUCGAAACAUCCGGGGCGCUGUUCAUGGAAGCCGGUAAGCGUUUUUUUUUUUUCAGUUCCCAGCUGAACAACAUUCUUACAGUUCCCAACUUCGACGAAGCUCUAGCGCAAAAGGUGGUUUCUGCUCAGAAUGGCGUUUUGCACUCAAGUAAUUAUCAAUUGCAAAAAGCCAACGUAUGUUGUGCUCUCAAGAUAAAAAAGAGUCAGGACACAGCAAGAAUCGAAAUUGACAAAAUUCAAAACGAAUUUGACGUUUUCAUAAAUUCAAUUGAAUCAGUUCAUCAUCAAACCCACUGCGAUUGGCUUUGGAACUUCAGAAAACUGCAACAACAAGUCAAAGAGCUCAAAGAGGUCUGCACUCAAUUGGAAAUACAAAAAAGUCGGAUGGAGCUUGAAUUUCUGAACCAAGAGUUGGACUUGUAUGAUGAGUUUGCAAAAGAACUCGCCGAUUGUGACCUGCAAAAGGCACUUCUCAAAGUUGAUAUUGAUAUGAAAACAGAACGGGAAAUUAAAGAAAACAAAGAUAUUGAUUUUUAA